AUGACUUUGGAUGGAGACAAAAAGAUGAUCUUGAAAGAUAUAAUGGUUGCAGCCGAUGGGAUAGCUAAGAAGUUGUUAGUAGAAAAUUCUGGGGAUUUUUUUGAGGAUAUUGGAAAACCUAAGCGUUUCAUGAAGUGCGUCAUAUUUACUUUGGAGGAGUGGUUCCACUGUCACUCUACAUAUCCCUAUCCUACAAAGACCCAGGCCAGAACCCUCUCUGAAAAAACAGGUUUGACGAUUAAGCAAGUCGAGAACUGGCUCUCAAAUCGUCGAAGAAAACUCAAAAGAAAUCCUAUUGACUCAUCGCUAGAAAAUAUCUUGGAAUGA